UAUGCCGCAUUAAGCUACUGCUGGGGCGGAGAUCAAGCAGUCAAGCUCAAAGAAAAUGUCGUCAAGCCAUGGAUGAAUGACAUCCCGUACGACCGGUUUCCGCAAACCAUUAAAGAUGCUAUCCAGGUGGCAAUGGCUCUGGGCCUACAGUAUCUCUGGAUCGAUGCUUUGUGCAUCAUACAGGAUUCGAAUCAAGACAAAGCAGAGCAGAUAUCGCGCAUGGCUGAGAUCUACGAACAGGCAUACAUUACUAUAUCUGCGGCCCGGGCGACCGCUGCCCCCGAAGGCUUCCUUCACGAUCGAUGCCUAACUGGAGAGAAGGGGUUUCGCAUGCCGUUUACCUGCCAAGAUGGCCAGAUGAGCACCGUAAUAGUCUGGCAGGGAAGAGAGCCUGAUGCAUGGGAGCCCAUCGAUCAACGAUCUUGGUGUUUACAAGAGUCCAUCUUGUCGCCGAGGGUGCUUGAGUACGGGACGCACAACGUUCGCUGGCACUGCGCUCGGAGUCGCGCUGAUGAGUCGAAACUGCGAUAUGACGGCUGGGUCGGACAUUCGAGGACAUUUGCCCAGCUGAGCAUGUCUCACCCACUCACUUCGAGCAUCGAUUGGGCGGGCUUAGAUGAAUCUUACAAGUUUGUUCAGGUAUGGCAGACGCUCGUGUCGCAUUACACGCGCCGCGGUUUGGGCUGGUAUCAGGACAAGCUAUUAGCCAUCUCUGCCAUAGCCCGAAAAAUGAGCAAAAUGACGGACAAGCACUACAUUGCAGGGCUGUGGAAGGAGUAUAUGGGAGAGAUGCUGCUAUGGCAUCCGAACCAUGGGCCAGACGCAAAGGAAAAGCCAUGCAGACACGCUACGUAUGUUGCGCCAUCGUGGUCUUGGGCCUCAUUCAGCGGCGAGAUUGACUAUACAUUUGGAUCGGUGAUGCAUUUG